AUGUUUCUCUUUCCAGAACGGAGAAGCAAUUUUCUGCAGAUCCAGGCUCCCAACGGCCCCAUUUCUCACCAAGCCCCUAGCAUUGGGCAUCGACCGACCCUCUGGUGCCUGGGACCCUCUCCCCCUCCCUGGCUGCUGCCCGGCUUCCUCACCCACCUCCCCAGCGAAAGCUUCCAGGACCGGCGCGGUGAAGACACAAGCUUCCACCGGCUCUCCACCGGCUCUCCUCCGGCCCCUCUGCAGAUCCUGCGAGGAGUGUCUGGGAAUGGCAGCGCUGCUGAGCUCGUGUUCUCUGGCAAGGACUGGGUGUUUAUUUCAGUUCUGGCCCGGGCUUUGUGCGUCUCCUUUUCCCCAUCAGAAUGCCCUCCCCCUCCCUCCUCCUAUCAGUCCCCAGCCCCUGGUCACAACCCGGCUUCAUACUGUUGGCCCAAACCCCAAAAUGCCAUCACCAUCGCUGUGUCGUCGAGGGCCCUCUUCCGAAUGGAGGAGGAGCAGCGCAUCUACAAGGAGAAGGGAGUGGAGGAGUAUGUUCGGUACCAGCUAGAGCACGAAAAUGAACCACUCAGCCCAGGGCCCGCUUUCCCCUUUGUGAGAGCUCUGGAGGCUGUGAACAGCCGGCUUCGGGAGCUGUAUCCUGACAGUGAGGACCUCUUCGACAUCGUCCUCAUGACCAACAACCAUGCCCAGGUUGGGGUCCGGCUUAUCAACAGCAUCAACCACUACAACCUAUUCAUCGAGAGGUUCUGCAUGACUGGGGGAAAUAGUCCCAUCUGCUACCUGAAGGCCUACCACACCAACCUCUACCUGUCCUCUGACGAAGAGAAAGUGAGUGAAGCCAUAGGAGAGGGGAUUGCAGCUGCCACCAUCUUCAGCCCCAGCAAAGAUGUGGCAGUGCCCCAGAGCCAGCUUCGUGUGGCGUUUGACGGAGAUGCUGUUCUCUUUUCUGAUGAGUCUGAGCAGAUUGUGAAGGCCCAUGGGCUCGACAUGUUCUUUGAGCAUGAGAAGACAUAUGAGAACAAGCCCCUGGCUCAGGGCCCCCUAAAGGGUUUCUUGGAGGCCCUGGGCAGACUGCAGAAGAAGUUUUACUCCAAAGGCCUAAGGCUGGAGUGCCCGAUCCGCACCUACUUGGUGACAGCACGUAGUGCUGCGAGCUCAGGGGCUCGUGCCCUGAAGACCCUCCGCAGUUGGGGCCUGGAGACAGAUGAGGCCCUGUUCCUGGCUGGAGCCCCCAAAGGCCCCCUGCUUGAAAAGAUUCGUCCACACAUCUUCUUUGAUGACCAGAUGUUCCACGUGACUGGGGCACAGGAAAUGGGCACUGUGGCUGCCCACGUCCCCUAUGGCGUGGCCCAGGCACCCCGGCGGACAGCGCCAGAGAGGCAGGCCCCCCCAGCAGCUCAAUAG